AGACAGAGACAGCCAGUCAGAGGGCGCCUCACGUGAGAUUAGGGCGGAAAAAGACCCCCGGUUGACAAAGGGACACCAACGAAUACCGGGACAACAGGUUCGCCCGCCGCCCCUAUACACUGUGCCAUUGAAAUGGCAGCGGACGGGUCAGAACAUGAGGAAGAUGGGAGCCCUGAUGUCAUUGCCAGGGGCAACAUUUUGGAGUCAUUCACAGAGGGCACGGAGAUCAGAGAUCUGAUUGGUAGCCUGCGGGUGGCGUGGGAGGAGCUUGUGAACAGGGAGGUUUGCAUACAAAGGUUUGUAGUAAUAGUGGACAAAUAUCAGGAGCAGCCCCAUCUCUUGGACCCGCACCUAGAGUGGAUGCUGGACAUGUUGCUGGACAUUAUUCGAGACAAGACCUCCUCUGCUGUCCUCAUUCACUUGGCUUUCAAAUUCCUCUAUCUCAUUUCAAAGGUUCGGGGCUAUAAGACGUUUCUGCGGCUGUUCCCUCAUGAAGUCGUAGACGUGCACCCCGUGUUGGAAAUGAUUUCAGCGCAGAAUCCCUCGGACCAUGAGACAUGGGAAACCCGCUACAUGUUGUUAUUAUGGCUAUCCAUGACUUGCCUCAUACCCUUUGACCUCUCUCGUUUGGAUGGAAACCUCUCCAGUGAGGCCAGCGAAACGCGCCGGUCAACCAUGGAUCAGAUCCUGGAAAUUGCUAAGUCCUACCUGGUGGUGAGUGACAAGGCUCGGGAUGCUGCUGCUGUGCUUGUUUCGAAGUUUGUCACACGGCCUGAUGUCAAGCAGAAGAGAAUGGCCGACUUCCUAAACUGGUGCCUGUCCACGUUAUCCAAAGCCACGUACCUGACCAUGGAGGGCACGGUCACAAUGGACGGGAUGCUACAGGCCCUGGCUCAGCUCUUCAAACACGGGAAGAGAGAAGACUGUCUGCCGCACGCGUCCGCCGUCCUGAGCGCCCUGGACAGCUGCAGACUAUCCGACAGCAACCAGACGAUCCUGCGCAAGCUGGGCACCAAACUGGUUCAGCGCCUCGGGCUCACCUUCCUGAAAACCAAGGUGGCCAAGUGGAGGUAUCAGCGCGGGUCCAGGUGUCUGGCAGCCAACUUACUGCAGUCUCCCUCCGACACCCAAGCGCCGGAGCCGAGUCACUCGCCGGAGGAAGACGAGGAGUACGAUAUCCCCGAAGAGAUUGAGAACAUUGUAGAACAGUUGCUGGUUGGACUGAAGGACAAAGACACCAUUGUCAGAUGGUCUGCGGCAAAAGGGAUCGGCAGACUAACUGGCAGGCUCCCCAAAGAGUUGGCAGACGAUGUUGUGGGAUCUGUCCUCGACUGUUUUAGUUUUCAGGAGACUAAUAACGCCUGGCAUGGGGGCUGUCUGGCUUUGGCUGAAUUAGGACGAAGAGGUCUUCUGCUUCCAUCACGCCUUCCAGACGUCGUUCCGGUCAUCCUAAAGGCCCUGAUCUACGAUGAGAAGCGCGGCGCUUGCAGCGUGGGCUCCAACGUCCGGGACGCCGCGUGUUACGUGUGCUGGGCGUUUGCUCGCGCCUACGAGCCGCUCGAGAUGAAGUCCUUCGUCAACCCGAUUGCGAGUGCGCUGGUCGUGGCCGCCGUGUUCGACCGGGACAUAAACUGCAGAAGAGCCGCCUCGGCAGCCUUCCAGGAGAAUGUGGGGAGACAGGGGACGUUCCCGCACGGCAUCGACAUCUUAACGGCCGCCGAUUAUUUCUCCGUCGGAAACCAAGCCAACUGCUACUUAAAUAUCAGCGUGUUUGUCGCCGGAUUUGCCGAAUACACCAAGCCGAUGAUAGACCACCUGGCAGAAAUGAAGAUCAACCACUGGGACAGCGUAAUACGGGAACUAUCAACUAAGGCCCUGCACAACCUCACUCCGACCGCCCCGGAUUACAUCAGAAAGGACGUUUUGCCACGGCUGCUGCCCCUGGCCACUGGAUCGGACCUGCACACCCGCCACGGUGCCAUCUUGGCUUGUGCCGAAAUAACCCACGCGUUGUACAAGAUGGCGUCCAAGAGUAACAGACCCGUCUCUGAUUAUUUGGACAGCGAAAUCCUGUGUGAAUUAAUAGCCAUUAAUCAAAAGCUCCAGGAGCGCCAGUUAUUCAGGGGUCUGGGCGGAGAGUUAAUGAGACCCGCCGUCUGCUGCCUGAUUGAAAAGUUAUCCCUCUCAGGAAUCGGGCACCCCGGGCAGGCAGUCGCCGGAUGGCAGUCGCUCAUAAACGACAGUCUGAAAAACCUUCAUCUGGUCUCCAGCUCGUCCAGACCCAGGAUAAAGGAAGCUGCCGUCUCGGCCCUGUCCGCGCUGUGCGAUGCCUUUUACCGGAACCCGGCAGGCGACGCCGAUCCCGCUGUGCAGGGUGACUUGGUGACGCUGUACGUUGCGGAGCUGCAGAGCGCUGAGGAGAUGACUCGCUGCGGCUUCUCUCUGGCCCUGGGGGCCCUUCCUCGGUUUAUGCUGAGAUUCAAGCUGCAACAGGUCCUGGAGGGUCUGAGGAACGUCACCCUCAUUACCGGGAGAGACGUCCGUUUCGCCGAGUCCAGGAGGGACGCGCUGAAAGCGAUCGCUCGAGUCUGCCAGACAGUUGGAGCGAAAGCCGACGGGUGUCAGACCGAGGUCCUCUGCGCGGAAAAUGUCCCCCUUGUGUACAACACGUUAUUGGGGUGCAUGAACGACUACACAACGGACAGCCGCGGAGACGUGGGGACCUGGGUGCGGGAAGCGGCGAUGGCCGGUCUGAUGGACGUCACGAUGUUACUGGCGCGGAGCGAGCCGGGGCUGAUAACCGAAGACUUCUGCCGGCGGAUGAUGUGUUCUCUGUCCCAGCAAUCGGCGGAGAAGAUCGAUCGGUUCCGAGCCCACGCGGCGUCCGUCUUCCUCGGCCUCCUGUACUUCGACAAACCUUCCGUUCCACACAUUCCACAUCGCGAGGAUCUGGAGAGACUCUUCCCCAGGUCGCAGGCAGACUCGCUGAAUUGGGGGGCUCCAUCGCAGGCCUUCCCCCAAAUCACUCAGCUUUUGGGGCUACCGACGUAUCGAUACUACGUGCUGACGGGACUCGCUGUGUCGGUCGGAGGAUUAACGGAGUCAACGGUGCGAUACUCUGCUCAGAGCCUGUUUGACUAUCUGCGGCUGAUCCAGAGCGAUGCAGAGUCUCUCGAUUCCUUCUCCAAAACUCUCCUGCAGGUCUUCAGAGACAAUCAACACAAUGACAGGGUUUCCGUUCCGCUGAUGAAGAUGUUGGACCAGAUGUUGGCCAACGGCUGCUUUGAUCUCUUCACGCUGGAGGAAAACCACCCGUUUGCUGAACGUCUCCUGCUGCUCACUAAGGAGGAGAUUCGGAAGACCAAGGAUGUCCAGAAGCUUCGCUCCAGCGUCGCCGUGUUCUGCGGAUUGGUCCAGUUCCCCGGAGAGAUCAGAAAGAAGAUCCUGUUCCAGCUGCUGCUACUAGUUUGUCAUCCGUUCCCGAUUAUAAGAAAGACGACAGCCAGCCAGGUGUACGAAAUGCUGCUGACUUACGAUGAUGUCAUAGGACCAGAAAUCCUGGAUGAUGUCAUGGCUGUUCUAAGCGACACCAACUGGGACGCCGAUCUGCCCAGCCUGAGGGAGAAGCGCAAUUAUCUGUGCGACUUGAUGAAUGUGCCGAAGCCCACGCUGGUGGCAAAGGGGCCGUGACGUUCACAAGAAGCGCGAUGUUCUGUGACCUCUCAUCCAACCCGACGACCAACGGUUCUGUGCGAUUCCGCCUGCGCCCAGCAGAGGGCGACGUGUUUGCAUGCGAUAUCCUUUACACCUGUGUGCAAGCCACAAACCUGAAAUAAAUCCGUGUAACAGCA